ACAUGACUUGUUAUAAAAAUAGCUGAGCUGCGGCGUGAGGUAAACACGUCAUUGUAACAUUGGGAAAUUUGGACAAUUACAACAAAGAGGCAUUGGUGACAAUGAAGCUUUCUUGUGCCUUUCUCCAGCUAUCACUUGCCAUCCUGUACCAAGUAGGGCAUAACCAAGUGUUGUCCCUGGACAACGGCCUUGCCCUGACCCCACCUAUGGGCUGGAUGCACUGGGAGAGAUUCAGAUGCAUCACUAAUUGCACUGAACAACCGAACGAUUGCUUGACAGAGGACCUUAUUAAGAGUCAGGCGGACAAGAUGGUUUCCGAGGGUUACCGUGAUGCUGGUUAUGUGUACCUGUCCAUCGAUGAUUGCUGGAUGGCUAAGGAGAGAGACAACAAGGGGGCGCUGGUGGCUGACCCUAUCAGGUUUCCCAGUGGCAUCAAGGCUUUGGCUGACUAUAUUCACAGUAAGGGUCUGAAGUUGGGGAUCUAUGAGGACUUUGGAAAGGAGACUUGUCAGGGGUAUCCUGGGAGUGAGUUCUACCUGGGACAAGAUGCUCAGACCUUCGCUGACUGGGGUGUCGACCUCCUCAAGCUGGACGGCUGUAAUGCUGAUGUCAAUGACAUGAAAACUGGAUAUGAAGCCAUGGGUGAAUUCCUCAACCACACAGGCCGUCCAAUUCUCUAUCUCUGCUCUUGGCCAGCAUAUGUACAGAAAAUUGCAGCUUUGUCGGAUUAUACUGCAUUUAAGAAGACCUGUAACCAGUGGAGGAACUUCGAUGAUAUCGAGGACUCCUGGGACUCUCUGUACAGCAUUAUAGACUAUUACGGAUCAAAUCAGUACAAUUUAUCAGCCUUUGCUGGACCAGGAUCCUGGAACGACCCUGACGAGUUGAUAAUCGGAGGCUUUGGUCUGAGCCCCAACCAGGAAAUGGUCCAAAUGGGGAUGUGGGCUAUGAUGGCUUCACCACUGUUCAUGUCCCUGGAUCUACGUGAUGUCCAACCCGAGUCCAAGGCUCUUCUCCUGAACAAAAACUUACUGGCUAUCAACCAGGACCCUCUGGGGAAACAGGGCUUAAGGCUCUGGAAGAUUAAUAAAGCCGAAGUAUGGAGCAAGCCUCUAUCAAAACCUGGUUCGUUAGCAGUAGCCAUAAUUAACACAGACAACCAAGGUGCCCCUCGUGUAUUCCAUCUAUCACCGGCUGAGCUAGGACUACCACAGGUUCCAAAGUAUAACAUGACCAAUGUGUUUACAAAUAAACACGAUGGACCUUACAUGUUCUCCCAGUCCAUCAAGUUCAUUAUCAACCCUACCAGUAUUUACAUGGUCAUUGCAGAACCCUCUUAAUACUGGACAGACUCAGUAGUGAUCACUUGUAUGCCUCUGACAUUCCUCUCGUCCAUCCAACACACUUUGGCUAGACUUUGCAUUAAGAUCUAUAUCUCGAUCAGUUUUUGUUUUCAGAUGCUAAUUUUUUGCAGUAAUACUCUUAUGAGUCUUACUUUGAUAUUUUGAAGUUGAAUUGUCACAAUUGUUGUGAUGAAUAUUCUAAAAAUGGACCUGGAAUCCGGAAAUGGACAUUUUUUUCAGGAUAUUUUUUUCUCUCUCCUGAUUUUAGACAAUUGUUUUCUGGGAAAUAACAUAACUAAAAAAAGAAAGAUACUUAAUUUUCUUUUUUUUUCAAUGAAACUUAUAAAACAUGGAUUUGAUUUAAAAAGAAGAGCUUUCAAUUUCUAUAUUUAGAUUAUUAAAAAAAUAUUAUUAUUGAUUCAAUAUAUGGAAUUAUUGGAAGGUAAAUUCAAUUGAACUAAUGUUUUUGAAUAUGCUACAUUUUAUUUAAUUCAAAAUUGAUGUAUAUAUAUAUCAGAAUACAUUUGAAAACAAUUCAUCUCAGGAUUUUUAUUUGACUCUAAGGAUUUUACAACUGAGAGUCAUUGACUCCUGAGAUUUUAAUCCUACUUUCAUUUACUGUUCAGUAGUUUCAUAUACUAUUCAGUACAAGUUAUAAUAACACAGCUGCAUUUACUUGUUAUCAAAUUGAAUACUGUUGAUAAAUUAAUUUGUGUUUUUUUUUUAUUGAUGAAUGCAAUAUGUUUAUGAAAAAAUAUUGCCGUGCGCAAUCUCCAGUUUGAGGAAAGUCCUCAAACUGGAGAUCUCCAGUUUGUCAACAUUUGACCCUUGAUUGUGGUAAGAAUUAAACCUUAAUUUUGAUACAUUUUAGAUACAACUUGCUUUAUACCUAAAUCUACAGACAGGAUUGUGACAAGCUUUAUUUUCAUCGAGGCCAUGGUAGGGAGGCAUAUAUACUUCACAAACUGUUUCUUAGUUUGUAAUGCCACCAUCCACAAGAUCUUGGCACAAAUUUCCAAAACACCAUGUUCCGUUUGUAUGAGUUAUGAUAUUGUAUAAUAUAGUUGGGUUGGGAAUUUUUGUUAAUACCCUGUACUCUUUCACCUUGGUGAUCUUUGUGAGCUCUGAACAUUGUAAUGUAUCUUAACUUUGUGAGCUCUGAAUGUUGUAAUGUAUCUAAACUUUGUGAGCUCUGAACAUUGUAAUGUAUCUAAACUUUGUGAGCUCUGAACAUUGCAAUGUAUCUAAACUUUGUGAGCUCUGAACAUUGUAAUAUAUCUAAAUUAUUGACUGACGUCUGAGUGAUCUUACUGCUGUCAUAAAUCCUAAUGUCAUUUUCGACCUUGUAAGUUUGAAACAUGAUAACAUUCCAGGCCGCCAGUAACCAAUGUUAUUUUAAGACAUUAUAGGAAAUGCUUGAUUUGCAUUUACCAGGGCUCUAUUUGAUCAUACGAUCAUUAUGUCUGUUAUAUAUUUUUCAUUGGUGAACUGUGUAGAAUGGUUGUAUGAUAUGUGAAAAAUGAAUGGAUAACGGGGACCAGGGGAAAUAAUUUGUAAUAUAUAAGGCCAGGCGAAAUUUGUACCUUUAUUUACUUUGUAAUUAAGGUAGACUUGGAAGUGUUGAAGGAAUGAAGAGGUGAGAUAUAUUACAACAUUGUAGAGUCAUGAUUCCUUACAUAUCUACAUUAAUUUUUGUGUUGUUAUUGAAUUUUAUUCUUAGUUUUAAAAACCUGUAGAAAUGAAAACUUCAGAAUUAUUCAUAAUUGAUAGGCUUCUUUUAAUACACAGGGCAUGGAAGGUUUAAAGUAAAUUUUUGUUUGGUGUUCCCUAGUCAGUAGCUAAGAGUUGUUUUAAUUUAGAGUCAUUUCAAUGCUAUCAUUUGUAGAAAAUGGUAUAUUUUCUCAAAGGCACAGACAUUCUGAAAGUCGCCUAUUAAGAACUUUUUAUCAUUAAUAUUUGGUAAUACAUGUAAUACAUGUAGUUUGUUUUUGACUGUUACAAGUUUAAUUAGUAUAUUUUGGGGUUUGAUAUAGACUCUACAGAGGGUAUGUCUAGUUCUUUUUUAUAGAUGAUUAUUUGGCCUUAGAAUCAUUAGAUUAUCGAAUUUAGAAUGCUAUUUUUUAUCAGAAUGCCAGUUUACAUAUACCUUACAUAUUUAUGCAUGUUGCAAUCGUGUGAUAGUUUUUAUUUAUACACUGUUUGAGUUUUAUUUGGAGGAUUUCUAAUUUUAUUUCAGUAGUUUUGAAAUUAAAAAUACUAAAAUGGGGAACUGCUGACAUGGCACUUCCUAUAUUUACUAAGCAGCAUUUGAACACUUUAACAGUCUUAAUUUUCUGUAAGAUUUGUGGAGGACUUGGCUCAGUCAUUCUCAUCGUUACCCUAUUGUGUUGAUGUGAGGCAAAGAUAGUGGUGUAUUUUGUUAGUACAAAGCAAUCUGUACUGAUAACUUGGUGUUUGUUGAUUCAUGUAUAUAUUUAUCUGCUGGGAUAUCCAUGUAUUUUGGGAGGUAUUUAGAUAUAUAUUUAUCUGCUGGGAUAUCUGUGUAUUUUGGGUGGUAUUUAGAUAUAUAUUUAUCUGCUGGGAUAUCCGUGUAUUUUGGGAGGUAUUUAGAUAUAUAUUUAUCUGCUGGGAUAUCCGUGUAUUUUGGGAGGUAUUUAGAUAUAUAUUUAUCUGCUGGGAUAUCCGUGUAUUUUGGGUGGUAUUUAGAUAUAUAUUUAUCUGCUGGGAUAUCCAUGUAUUUUGGGUGGUAUUUAGAUAUAUAUUUAUCUGCUGGGAUAUCCAUGUAUUUUGGGAGGUAUUUAGAUAUAUAUAUAUCUGCUGGGAUAUCCAUGUAUUUUGGGAGGUAUUUAGAUAUAUAUUUAUCUGCUGGGAUAUCCGUGUAUUUUGGGUGGUAUUUAGAUAUAUAUUUAUCUGCUGGGAUAUCCAUGUAUUUUGGGAGGUAUUUAGAUAUAUAUUUAUCUGCUGAGAUAUCCGUGUAUUUUGGGAGGUAUUUAGAUAUAUAUUUAUCUGCUGGGAUAUCCGUGUAUUUUGGGUGGUAUUUAGAUAUAUAUUUAUCUGCUGGGAUAUCCGUGUAUUUUGGGUGGUAUUUAGAUAUAUAUUUAUCUGCAGGGAUAUCCGUGUAUUUUGGGUGGUAUUUAGAUAUAUAUUUAUCUGCUGGGAUAUCCGUGUAUUUUAGGAGGUAUUUAGAUAAUAUUUAUCAACCAAGGCUGGGAUAUAUACCCUAGUUGCAGUUAUUUUCUAUACAAUAUAUUUAUAAAGUUUUAUCACCAUGCUUGCUUUGAUAAGUCAUUUUAAGUUAAUUAUUUAUAUCUAGAUUCUUAAGAAAUAAGUUACCUGUGGUUAUUGGAUCAAAUAAGAUGUUAAUUUUCUAGGCAGUUGGACCACAUACAUAAUAGUUAUAAUGUUUAGUCAUGAUUCAGCGAAACCUGUUUUUGACUGAGUGAGGUUUUUUUUUCUAUGUGUCGCGAAUGAUGACAAAAAGGAUAUUGGAUGAUUAGCUACAUCUACUGAUAUGGUUAUAUUCUACAACAUUUAAACAUUCACUCUAAUAGAUGUAACGGAAGUGAUGUUUUCUAUAUAACAUAUGUCUUUGUUUGAUAAUUCCAUAGCCUGAGUAAUUAGCCUGUGUAACCAACGGUUACGUACAGAAUGAUGUAAUUACUGGUACCCAUUCACACAUUCCAUAAUGAAUCGCGAAAACAUGUCUUAGAUUUCAAUGGCUCAUUUCCGUAGCACUUGUUAACACAAAUUUCAAUGUUGCAUGUCUUCACAAUGUCAUGUAGAAAUUUUGAAACAUGUUAAGAUUUGACAGUCACAAACUUUAAAGGAGAAUAUCAUGUCAAAUUGUUUAAAAGGUCAUCAACAAGUUUUACAUUUUAUUGAUUAUGAUAAUAUGCCUUUCAUUAUUUCCUUAACGUCAAAACUCUUGAGAAAUAUUGAAAUUAUUCUACUUAUGAUUUGUAUCUGAAUACACUCAUUGACUUCAUUCACAGUUUUUGAAGUUAAUAAUUUUCACAUCCCCUACAGCCAUGUAUGUAAACUAGUAAACUCCAAAGGAGUAUAUCAAUGAUGAUACUUAUUUCACAUUCAGCUCAUGUUUACCUUUCAUUUUCUCUCGGAUUAAUUUUAUAUUAUUAUAACCGUUCUCUAUGAUUUUAUUUUACAUUUUAAAAUCACAUAAAACAAAAAGAAAUUUUUAACUUAUUAUAAAUGCAACUUAAAACCAUAAUAAUUAGAUGAUUAAUGUAGACCUCUAUAAUUGGUAGUAUCACCUACUCCAGGCGAGUGUUUGUCAGAUUGGUCUUUAUUAUGAUUGUAUGAUAAUACUCAUUGAUGUUUAAUCAAUAGAUAAUUAAAUCAUUACUCUCUCAGGUGAAAGACUAUUCUAUGCAAUGUCUUACUGUGAUAAUUUGUUUUUUCAGUAUAAAUAUUAAUUUUGAGGAAAUACA